ACAGUUCGCCGCGGGGUGGACACUAAACAAACAUCAAAAGUCCACGACAUGCCGUCCAUCGUCAUCGGCGCACGCGACGAAGACGACGAGGAAAGUCCGGUCUUCGCAGCGCCUCCGGAGCCUCCGGUGCCAGUUCCAUCACUGCGGGUCCUCUUUGUAGACGAUGAUGUUUUGAACUCGUCACCUGACCCUCGGGCAAUGCGCUUGGAUGACGAGCCCUGCAGGGUGCUGCAAAGUUUGCUGGUUCGGACUGAUGCCAAAAUGGUCCUGACCAGCCACUGGAGACGGCACAAGGUGGACACAACACCUUUCAAUGCGGAUACGUCCAGGAAACCGGUCAUGGGGAGAGUUGCCAGGUAUGUUUCUUCAUGGUUCUUCCAUUUCGGAACGACAGAUUUGACAGGGCAGGGAUUGUUGCACUCUCUGAGCUGUUGUUUUGCCAGGAGGGACUUAGAAAUCUUGCAGUGGCUGAACACCCAUCGGCAGGAGGUGGCCGCAUGGUUCGUGUUGGACUCGCAGACCUUGCUGCAGCACCCGGGCCCGGCUGCGCGGCUGGAAGGCCACGUGCGCCAGGUGCAGGGCAGCCUCAGUGCCGCCGAUACUGCGGCAGCGGAGGCGGUGCUGGGAACGGCAGUGCCCACGCCCUUGGAUGGGCUGAAGAUGGAUGAAGAGUUGGUCUUCAAGAUGCAGGAUGUCAUGAUGCUGUUGUCUUCCUCGCCGCAGUUCCAUCCGCCGCCAAGAGCGACUGAAAACUCAAGUGCUGCGAGUGAGUUUGAUCGGCUUCUGCAAGAAGCGAAGCAACGCUUUCGCUGAUCUCUUGGCAUGCUGGCUCAAGCUUCUCAAAGGUGAGUUGGGCGAGGCAAAAUGCCUCCACAGCUACCAUUCGCAGAGACAAAA